UAUCUGUGCUUAAGGAAAAAAAAAGAAAGAAAAAAGCUCUCCAUUCUGAAAACCUGCCGACGCACCAGGAGGAACAGACGCAGCCAGGGAAUCCCGUGACCGCAGCAGCUCGGCGUGUUUGGACCACACCUGCCCCUCCGCCCGCCCUAUCCCUGACAGCGUUGGCACCUUUGUCCUUCUCUAGGUGAAACGUGCGCGCGGUGAAAGGUACACAGCUUCCACUUAGUAAAACGUGCACCUUAGUACAGCUUCAUCAUGUGGUCGGGAAUUCCUUUCGGGUUCUCUCUACUUUCUUACUUUUCUAACAAUGAGCAAGAACUGGUUUUAUAAAUGAGGAGAAUAACAAGACGAUGACCGAAAUGUUAAAAAAAGUCCCUUUGGGCUGGGGUCCCUGUCCCCUCCAUUCAGCUACAAGGCUCCAGGACCCCCCAGAUGGACUCUGUGCUUUCCCCUACAGCCGCUCCCAGGUAACCAGGUAUCCUAGGACCCUGCCGGCUGCUCCCAGAAUUUGGGGGAAGGCUGGGCAGCAGCCCCUCAUGGCUGAGCCCCAAGCAAGCUGCCCUAAAUCCGAUCUGUGCUAGAGAACCCCACACUGCCUGGCUCUGUAGAACCUCCAACUUCAAACGAAGGAUAUGGGGGCUCUCUGGGACCCCUCCCCCCAGCCAGUGCGAGGCUGGCAAGGCUGGCCUGGGGAGAGGUUGCCAGGCAACCAGCUGGGGCUCCUCCCAGGGUGGCUGUGGGUGGCCAUGUUGCCUGGCAACCAGGUGCCAGUGUCCCUGGAGCCCAGACCGCACAGCUGCGCCCAGCCCCGCCCGCUCCUCCCUGGCUUGUGGGACCCCUGGGGCCCUGGCCUCAUUCCCCUUGCCUAGGACAGCUGGAGCCUCCGGUCACAAUGAGCAUUGUUCUCUCCAGGCCCCGUCCUCCUCAGGGACAGCCAGGUGAGGGUGAUGGAGAACACUGUGACCAAUGCUGAGAAGUACUUUGGCCAGUUCUGCUCCUUGCUGGCCGCCUACACCCGCAAGACGGCUCGGCUGCGGGACAAGGCUGACCAGCUCGUCAGACAGCUCACCGACUUCGCCAACACUGAGCACCCAGAGAUGCGGGCCACCAUGAGGAACUUCGCCGAGGACCUGGCCAAGGUGCAGGAUUACCGGCAGGCCGAGCAGGUCGGCAGAGCUUGGAGCCAGGCCCCAGAGCAAACUCCCCGGGGAAACACAUCUUCCUUGAUGUUGACGUUUCAAAGAGAUGCCUGCCAUUCCCAGCUUGUCGAGAGGCUGGAGACCAAGGUCGUCUGCCCCCUGAAACUCUAUGGGACGCACAUCAAGCAGACACGGGCCGAGAUCAAGAAAUUCAAACAAGUCCAGAAGAACGAGAUGAAGCAACUGGAAAAGCUGGAGAAACUGCGGCAGAAGUCGCCUUCGGAUCGGCAAACGAUCUCCCAGGCGGAGACCGGUGUGCAGAGGGCCUCAGUGGAUGCCAGCCGCAUCACCCACCAGCUGGAGGAGGUGAUCGACACCUUCCAGAAGCAGAAGCUGAAGGACCUGCAGAAAAUUUUUUCAGACUUUGUCACCAUCGAGAUGGUCUUCCACACCAAAGCGGUGGAGGUGUAUUCCAGUGCCUUCCAGAUCCUGGACAGCUACGACCUGGAGAGAGAUCUGGAGGAUUUUAGAACCAAGAUACAUGGGGUUUACGGACACUAUGAUGCUCGGCCAUUCAAGGAUACCACGCCCUCCCCAGCUGUCCCGUGGGCUCUCACCGGCCAGAGCACUCAGACCACCAUACGGAGCCAGAGGAGAGACGAGGAGGAGGAGGAGAGUACGGAACACUCUGCUGAGGAGGACCCCGUGGAGGACCUCAGGGGAUAGGGGCGGGCACCCCAGCAAUAGGACCACAGCUCCCCUAUCAGAAAGACAGAGGCUGACCCCGGGUGCUCAGGGCUGGGGUGGGCUGGAGGCUCUGCUGGGUCCCCGCCCUGGGUGAGUCCCGUGUCCUCCGAGUCUCUGUUUCCUCAUCUGUGCAACAGGAACAAUCUCGCUCACUGACAAGUUACUCUGGGGAUCCACUGGCCUAGCCUCUGUGAUACACCAUUGGUGCUCAAUAAAUGCGGGGUGCAUCUUAACAUGAAUCGUGCUGGGUCUCACUUCCCACCUUAUGGCCUGGGGACUCGGAUUUUUGAGCCCUUGCUGAUUCUGAGAACAGGGUAGAUUCAUCUCCCAGGGAUGCUUGAACAAAGCACGGUGAGCUCGGGGCUCAAACAGCAGGAAGCUCCUCUCUCAUGGCUCUGGGGGCCUGACGUCUGAUUUCAAGAUGCCGGCAGAGUGGGCGGCUGCUGAGGCCGUAGGGAGCAGGUGCUCUGGGCCUCUCCCUUAGCCUUCGGAGCCUACUGGCCAUCUUUGGCCUCCCUUGGCUUAGAUGUCUGUCUUCAUGCUCACAUGGCAUCCUCCCCGUGUGCGUGUCUGGGUCCAAAUUCCCUCUCUUUAUAAAGACACCAGCCUUAUUGGAAUAAUAGACCCAGGGUGACCUCAUCCUAACUAAUUAUAUCUACAAAGACUCUAUUUCCAAAUAAGGCCACAUUGUGAGGCAAUAGGAGUUACGAC